UCCUAUUUUAUACUUUUAGGAAGAAAAAUAAGUGAGUCAUCAUGAAUUGGGUUAAUGAGAGUUCCACAAGAGAGUUUAUACUACUUGGCUUCUCAGACAGACCCUGGCUACAAAUGCCCCUGUUUGUGCUUCUAUUAAUAUCAUAUACAUUCACCAUCUUUGGCAAUGUGUCCAUCAUGAUGGUGUGCAUUCUGGAUCCCAAACUUCAUACACCCAUGUAUUUCUUCCUCACUAAUCUCUCCAUCUUAGAUCUGUGCUAUACCACAAGCACAGUCCCUCAUAUGUUGACAAAUAUUUGUCGCAACAAAAAGACCAUCAGCUACGGUGGCUGUGUGGCACAGCUCAUCAUCUUCCUGGCCCUGGGAGCUACUGAGUGUCUCCUCCUGGCUGUCAUGUCCUUUGACAGAUAUGUGGCAGUCUGCAAACCCCUGCACUACGUAGUUAUUAUGAAUCAUUGGUUCUGCAUAAGGGUGGUAGCCUUCUCGUGGUUCACUGGCUUUGGUAAUUCAGUGUUGCAGUCUUCCUUGACCCUUAACAUGCCACACUGUGGUCGCCAGGAAGUGGACCACUUUUUCUGUGAGGUGCCUGCCCUUCUCAAGUUGUCGUGUGCUGACACAAAGCCCAUUGAGUCUGAGCUCUUUUUCUUUAGUGCAUUAUUUCUGCUAAUUCCAGUGACAUUGAUCCUCAUUUCCUAUGGCUUUAUAGCUCAAGCAGUGUUGAGAAUCAGGUCAGCAGAAGGACGACAAAAAGCUUUUGGGACAUGUGGGUCCCACAUGGUUGUGGUCGCUCUCUUUUUUGGUACAGCCAUCUACAUGUAUCUACAACCACCUUCAUCCACCUCUAAGGACUGGGGAAAGAUGGUUUCCCUCUUCUAUGGGAUCAUUACACCCAUGUUGAACCCCCUUAUCUACAGCCUUAGAAAUAAAGAUAUGAAGGAGGCCUUCAAGAGCGUGAUGAAAAAAAUCUUUUUUCUGUAAGAAAUAAGUAUUCCAUUGUGAUGAGGGUCCUCUAUGAGUUUCUAUCCUUGCAAGUGGUGAUAACAUUUGAACUGAUUUCCUACUUUCCAGGCUCUUAUGAUUUCACUGCAUUCUACCAACAGUUAGAAACGUCCUCCUUUGUUCAAAGGCAAUGCUGAGAUACCUUUUCUAAGUUAAAAAGCUUUUUGCUUUCCAGAAGUUCCCCCAAUGCACUCUGUUCCUUGAGGACACUUGGAUGGUUGAUCUUCCUGUUUAUAUAUGAUCUGUUCUAGUACCACCUGGUCUUAACAUCUUAGUUUGUGACUUCUACACCUUUAUUAUCAAAUAGCUUAUGAUCUCAAGCAAAAGAGUUCCCAUCAGCACUGAAGCCCUC